AUAUACAAAAAUCCUCAUUUUCACUUCACGCACAACCAUUGAAAAUGGACCGUUUUCACACUACCUUGUCUCAAAAAGUGUUGGUGGCAGUACCUCCGCCUCCGCCAAAAUUCACUAUCAGCGAAUGGCAUCUGAACAAUCGUUAUCGCACCAGAAUCUGCCUGGACCAGCAAAAAUUAGCCGACUCCACUAUCGCCGAAAGCGACAGAGUAAUCGAAGAAGUCCAAGAGAAGACUGACCUCAACAAACGUGAGGUGGACCACAAACUAGAAGAAAAAGUCAAGGAUAUCGAGUUCAACAAGAGCGAAAUCGAAAGACAACGCAAAGAGGCAAGUUUGGAGAUAGAAAAUUUGUGCACCUACAUGGAAAGGAUCAAAGACUGUUCCAGAUCCAUCCAAGAGGACGCUCUGAAGACAGUGAGGAAAUGCCUCAUACUGAGAGAAGGCAGACUGGGAAUCGAUCUAUGCUACGAUUUUGUGGAGAAGGAACUCAAAAAGGAAUUGCAGGUUAUAGAAGGAGGCCAAAGCUUAUUGACGAGAGUUCUGGAACAAGCCAAUGAACAGGUGAGGAGGUUGAGGUCCACAGUCUACUUCAUGGACAGAGACCUGGAAGAUAAGUCCAACGUCAUGAAAAUCGACCAACACAACACCUCGCUGACCAACACCAGCUUGAACCUCAGCAUCUACCAUGGCUUCUCUCCAUUGGACCCUGCCAACAUCAGCCUGCAAGAAUGGGAGCAAUACACCAGACAGAACAUCGAAAAGUCAGCCAAAGAAAUCAACAGUGCCAGGCAAUUGAGGUCCUAUGUGGACGUGCUGUUGAAACAAGUUAUCGACGACUUGCAGAACCAGUAUCACGCGGUGAACAACGCGUUUAGAAGAAGGAUCGAAGAGCUGAAAGAGGCCAAAACGAAGAUGGAGGUGCAGCAUUCUGAGAUAGUACGCCAAGCGAACGAAAUGAAGCGAGUCACAACCCGUCUGGACAAGUCCAUCAGCGAAAAAGAGGGCUACAUGGCUCUGGCGCACACCAGACUCGGCAACCGCGCUCAGCGACCCGGCAUCGAGCUGUGCAAGGACCUGGUGGAGCUGUCACUUGUCAGCGAGGUGGGGGAGAUGAGAGGCAACGUGGCAUGGCUACAGCAGAAGAUGGCCGAAGCGCAGGCGUCGUUGAGGUAUCUGCUCAAGACGCAGAUACAGCUCGAGGAGGACAUCAACGUCAAAACUAACUCUAUCAAGAUCGACGAGGUGGAUUGUAUGUCUUUGAGACAGGGGAUGACUUACCAUAGCUACUGAAUAA